GAGCUUCACGGACCGGAAACGAGGAUGCAGAAUUUCAGAAAAGAAAAGCGCCCAAUGCACGUGACUGUCCUUAAAAAAGGAGAAAAGCCCAGAAUCUCCAGGUGCACGCUGUGUUGUGACAAGUAUCACUGCCCGUAUUGUGAGACAUGGGUCUACAAGCCCAGAGAGUUAAACAGUGUUGCUAACCACGUGCAGAACCAUCUGAAGUUGGCUUUCCAGCAAGACGAGUUCAUUAUCGUCAAGUGUAACUUGAAAUGCAGAGAGAACGCACAUUUCCAUUGCUGCUACUGUCCUGCCACUGUUCUGCGCAAAGUGCAAUUAAGAAAUCACCUCUUAAAAUGCAAGCAGAAGGUAAAUAUUCAGUGUUCGCAAAGCUCGGCAGCGCCCGCCACUCAACCGUCUACGUCUGCUCAGACCGCACUACAACCUCCCCAUCCGGCCACCGCUCUGUGUAUGCUGACUGGACCCUGUUAUCUCCUGUGUACUCCAUUAUCUCCACCUCAAAGCCUUAGUCAGGCACCACCACUUCCAUCUGCUCUGAUGACUUCUGUCCAGACAGCACCCCGACCUCAAUCAAGCGUGCCUCCAUCUCCUCGUGUUUUAUCCCCCCACAUGCCACCAACUGCAGGCCGUUCCCCAAGCGGCUCCAGACAAGUCCGCAUUAAAUGUGCUCACUGCGGAAUAGAAAUAAACAAGAAAAACCUUCGCGUUCACAUUCAAAGGAAACACACAGAUGUGAAAGCGACAACCGCACCGGUGUAACGCUGAAUUUACACAUCAGGGUGGUUUGAUGGCAUUUGAACGCAGCCGCGUGACAUCUUUGGCUUUCUGUCCUUGAAAUGGUGCAGCUAAAACAAACCAAGAAAACCAAGUGCAUUGAAAAGCAGCAGACGGCUGAUAUGGUGGGAGUGACACGUUCUGUGGAGGUGACAAGUGCUAUGUCUGUAUUUGAGCCGAAAACAUCAGGAGGCGUGGAGGAGUGAAUUGCACAGAUCUGCCCAUGCAACAAGACAAAGCGAUCAUGUGUGCACAUAUACGCUGCCACUAGGCACUUAUUUUAAAACAAUGCAUGGAAACCCACAUGCUAAGUGAGCCCAUCCUCAUCCUAUACGGAACAAAGUUUAAGCAAUGUCCCACUCUUUUAAGGGAUUACUGCCUAAUACAAAGUCUGCAGCAACUGUAAAAUGAUGUUCCGGUACCAAGAAUUCACAGAUGGACUCCUUCAUUUUAAUGCCCAUCUGCUGAUUUCUCUGCAUGUUAAAUUCUUCACAUUGCUCUUCAGCCUACAUGACGCCAUGCUCCAUGUGUGAUCAUGAUUACACGCACUCCUGCAUUAACUCUGGAUACUACCCAAAAUUGGGAAUCACGAACCCCCACAAAUUUUGGGCCAUUUAUAUGAGGUGAGCUAUCAAAACAGUAAUGGCAGGACAAGUUUGUUUUUUAAUAAUGUAUUGUUGUGAAUUGUGUUUUCCAGUCUGACUCGCCAGUAAUAAGAAGAUCGUCUGAAGUUACUGCAGAUCUGUAAGAUGUUGAUUUGACAUGAUAUCAAGUUCAAACAAUUGAAGUGUAUUUGUUUCUAAACGAUGUAUUACUUGUCAAGUCUUUAGUCCAUAUCAUUAAGAACGAUCAGUAAUCUCUUAAAGGGGUAGUUCACCCAAAAAUUACAUUUCUCUCACCCUCAUGCCAUCCAGAUGUGUAGAAGAAUAUCUCAGCUCUGUAGGUCCAUACAAUGCAAGUGAACUAUUCAAAUAAUGAUUAUUUGAACUGUUCUUAAUUUCUGACAGAUGCCACGUGAGAGCCCGUGUCGUGUCCUGAUGACUGUGGUCACAGAAGAUGGCGAAAUGUGGGCUUCCUGUUGUUGUUGCUAUUACGAAUGCAAAAUCCAAAGCAAAGUUAGGAUGUACUGUAAAUGCCUUUCUGCAAAACUUAUUCUCUGCUUUAAAUGAGGUGUUGUGAACUGGAGUAUCUGCUUUAAAGUGAGCAGUUGUGGGUGCCAUACUCCUUGACACACUGUUUGAUCUGCAGAGACUUGUUCAGAGAUGCCCAGCGGGCUACAUUGGUGAUGGCACGAGAGGAGUCCUGCAUGGAUUUUAUUCCUCCAUUGAAUUUCAAUGAUACUGACUGAUGGAGGGCAGUUCAGUCCUGAAGGAGUAGUGCAAUGUAUGUUUAUUUAUUGUUUUCAUUUCUUCAUCAGGGGUGCACCCUCUUGACAAACAGUUAUUAACAGCGUUUUGGUUCGUUAUGUAGAAGACUAAUUGGCCUGUAUCUUAUGAGCGCAAUUUUCAAACUUAACAAAACUUUGUACACAUGCGCAACAGAACAUUCUGAGGUAACAUGCAAAAUUUCAUCAAUUUAGGAUGUUAGCGGGCGCUUUAACUUAAGAAAAUCCAUAUUGUGCGUCUGUGAUCAAAGCAGUUUGAAUUUGACUCCAAAAUAGCCAAAGUGUCCACAGAGUCCAUUCUGUAAUAGUAGAUUAUUUUGGUCAUCUUUUGUCUAUCUGUGCUCGGACCCCGAUGAUUGCUGCCUGCAGAUAUAUAUAUAUAUAUAUAUAAUGUAUUUCCUUUUCAUAAAAUUUGCUCUUAAAUCUUUGUUUCUCUAGUUCAUGUUCAUAUUUGUAAUGUUAUAUUAAUGUCAUAUCAACAACGCCUCUAAUAGCUUUGUUUUAGAAAUAAAGGCAUAGUCUGGAUGUUUCUUUGGCUGCUUGUUCUUCCAAUGAUGGGCUUCAGCUGAUAAUUGUGCUUAAUUCAGAAUAAUACAUAUCUUUUUAUCAAUUCUUUCAAGUUCCUAAAAGGCUUGAACCCUGAUAAUUGCUGCCUGCAGCUAUAUUUAUUAUUAUUAUUAUUAUGAUGUUGUUUUUUGUUUGUUUUAUGGAAAUAAGGGUGUGUUCACACUUGUAGUUCUAUUGUUCCUCUUGGUCGGGAACAUAAUAAGAAAAUGAUACAUUUAGUCCUGGUUCACUUAGCGUUCACACUGGCAUGUUUAACACCGAACCUAACGAUACAAAACAUAAGGCAUCAGGGAAAAGUCACAACCUGAUUGGACAGCUUCUAUGACAUAUUUUUUGACUGAACUUGCCAAACAUCUAAAACAAUGCUGGCUGCUGGGCGAAAUGCGCUCGUUAUAUGUAUAUAAGGUGGUCAUUUUACCAGCUGAGAACAAACGUCUUUGGUCCAUUUUGCAUUCAUACAUCAAUCAAGCCGCACCAGAGUUUGUUUGGAAGCGGACCGAGAUCCAGUAUUCAGGCGGUGUUGGUCCGCUUGUUUGGUGCGCACGAAGGGUUUAGGGACAGCGUUCACACUUGUUCAAAUGAACCGCACGAACAGAGCAAUCGCACCAGAGUUCGUUUUAAUCCAACCAAACCUGCCAAGUGUGAACACACCGUAAAAAUGUAUUAUGAAUGUAUGUGCCUUUCCUUUGGAAAUAUUAUGUUAUGCACACAGAAAAUGAAUAUAUUUAUGUAAGGCG